AUGGAAAGGGAUUCAUCUUCCGACGAAGAAGACGAGGUCAUCCAUCAGAAGGAGAGGAAUGCCCCUACGUCUACCUCUUCCUUCCACCUCCAACACCUCACUUCGCGAAUCACUUCAAACUUCAACUUGAACUUCAACUUUCACAAGAGAUACCUCUUCGCCAUUCUCCCUCUCUUCAUAAUCCUCCUCUACUAUAUCACUCCCGACUCCCACUCUCUCUUCUCCCUCUCCUCCUUCAACCUCCAUCUCCGCCACGAUCAACCUGAGGAGUCCCAAUUGCGUGUCCUUUACCUCUUGCGCCAACAGCAAUUAGGGCUUCUCCACGCUCUCAAUUCCACUUCCCAUACGCACACUAUCAAAUCCCUUCUCUCCAACCAGAUUUCCCUCAACUCACAGAUUCAACAACUUCUUCUCAGUCCCUACUCCACUGCCACCUCUCUCCAAUUCCUGAACUCCGCGUGUGGAACAGUGGAUCAGAAGCUGUCUGAAAGGAGGACAAUUGAGUGGAAGCCCAAAGCUAAUAAAUUUUUGGUUGCAGUGUGCGUUUCGGGGCAGAUGUCUAACCAUCUGAUGUGCUUGGAGAAGCACAUGUUCUUCGCGGCGCUCCUUAACCGUGUCUUGGUUAUUCCCAGCUCCAAGGUGGGUUAUGAGUACGAGAGAGUGUUGGAUUUGGAGCACAUGAACAAAUGCAUGGGAGGUAGAGUGAAAGUGGUGAUCUCCUUCCAAGAGUUUUCUAGAAUGAGGAAGAAUGGCAAGCAAGCGGGUAAAUUCGUAUGCUACUUUUCGCUGCCUCGACCGUGUUAUCUGGACGAGGAGCAUUUGAGGAAGUUGAAAUCGUUGGGGCUUUUGUCCAUGAAUAAGCCCGCGGCUGUGUGGGAUGAAGAUGCGAGGAAGCCCAAAAAGAGAAGCGUGGAAGAGGUUGUGUCAAGGUUUUCACAGGAGGAAAAGGAGGAUGUUAUAGCCAUUGGGGAUGUGCUGUAUGCAGAUGUGGAGGAAGAAUGGGUAACACAAACAGGUGGCCCACUGGCUCACCAAUGCAAGACUCUCAUUCAACCCAACCGUCUUAUUUUCCUCACUGCACAACGUUUUAUCCAAACCUUCCUCGGCAGGAACUUCCUUGCAUUGCAUUUUCGAAGACACGAUUUCUUGAACUUCUGUAAUGGUAAAAAACCAAGUUGCUUUUAUCCUAUUCCUCAAGCAGCACAUUGUAUCUUGCGUGUGGUUGAAAGAGCCAAUGCACCCCUCAUUUAUCUCUCUACAGACGCCGCAGAGAGUGAAAUUCGGCUGCUUCAGUCACUGCUUGUGCUAGAUGGCAGACACGUUCCACUCGUCAAACGCCCACCUCGGAAUUCAGCAGAAAAAUGGGACGCUUUGUUGUACAGGCAUCAUAUUGAAGGAGACCCUCAGGUGGAAGCUAUGUUGGACAAGACUAUAUGUGCCAUGUCUAGUGUGUUCAUCGGAGCAUCCGGUUCGAGUUUCACCCAAGACAUUCGACGGCUAAGAAAGGACUGGGGAUCCGCAUCAUUGUGCGAUGAGUACCUUUGCCAAGGUGAGGAGCCAAAUGUUGUAGCGGAGAUGGAAUGA